AUGCAGGAGGCGUCCAGACUACAGUGUUUGGGCGAGAAGAAAGGCAUCAUCAGCGCUAUGACCAAGGUCACAGCUUGUUCGAUCCAGCAUGGCAAAACUCGACCAUGGGUGGUGGCUUGGACGGUUCUCUCUUCUGAAGAAAGACCGUCCUUGAGCUCUCUUGCCACGAGGGGUGCUCUAGACACGUUCGGGAAAUCUCCACGAGCCACGGACAUGAUCUUCCAGCCGGUCUGCCCGAUGGAGAGAGAGCAGACGAGAGGGAGGCUGAAAAUGACCGUCGAUACCAGCAGACCGGAGACGGCCAAACCCGCCCCGGAAGUUGCCAAGACCCCAUAG